CCAGCGUGGCCUGGCCAGAGCGUCACGCCCACCACGGGCGGUUACCCCGCGACUCGGCCAAAGCGCGGCGCCCUCUCGGGGGCGGAACCCGCGUGGCCCGCAGUUCCUCUGUCUAGCCGCAGCUGGGGCGUCACGCCGGUGCGUAGCGUCGUCAGAAUUGUUUUCAUCCGGAAUUCCCAACUAGAGAAAGGAUGCCCGAGGGACCAUCUGUGAGGAAGUUUCACCAUCUGGUCUCUACCUUUGUGGGCCAGCAAGUGCUCAAGACAGGGGGAAGCAGUAAAAAGUUGUGUCCUGCCACCCUACAGUCCCUGUGGCUUCAGGACACACAGGUGCACGGGAAGAAGUUGUUCCUUAGAUUCGAUGCAGAUGCAGAGGGAGAGGGAGAGGGUGGGGCCCCAGGCGGCAGCCACCAGCAUCUAGAGCCUCUGCGAAAAACUGCACGGAAGGAGGCAGCUGGGGACCCAGCACCAGAGGCCAGCGGACAGAAGACUGCUGCUGACGGAUCUUUCCAGUCUAUGGAGUUGCUUCCCAGGGGCCCUGGUGACUCCAGUGACCUGGCAGGGGACAGCCCCCUGCCAGGGGCCCAGCAGUGGUUGCAGGUCAGCUUUGGUUUGUUUGGCAGCAUCUGGGCAAACGAGUUCUCCAGAGCGAAGAAAGCCAACAAGAGAGGCGACUGGAGGGAUCCGGUACCCAGGUUGGUCCUGUACUUUGAUGGUGGUGGAUUCCUGGCAUUUUAUAAUUGCCAGAUGUCUUGGAGCCCCACCCCCGUGGUUGAACCCCACCGUGACAUCUUGUCUGAAGAGUUCCACCGAGGACAGGCCUUGGAGGCUCUGGGUCAGCCGCAGCCUGUGUGCUACACGCUGCUGGACCAGCGAUACUUCUCAGGGUUAGGGAACAUCAUUAAGAAUGAAGCCUUGUACAGAGCCAGGAUCCACCCGCUCUCCCUUGGCUCGCUCCUCACCUCCCCAUGCCUGGAGACCCUCGUGGAUCAUGUGGUGGCAUUCAGUGCAGAGUGGCUCCAGGGCAAGUUCCAGGGCCAGCCACGGCACACACAGGUCUACCAGAAGGAGCAGUGUCCAUCUGGGCACCAGGUCCUGAGGGAGGUGCUUGGGCCCCCUGGUGGCCUCCAAAGGCUCACCUGGUGGUGUCCACAGUGUCAGCCUCGGGUGCCGCCUGAGGAAACCCCACAGCACCAGUCCUGAGUCACCAGGACCCUUUGAGGUCUUAGCCUCGGGACUGGGAUUCCUAGGGUGGGAACAGGGACUGACUGGGGUGGUGCAGAGGAGACUGUGGGCUGGGAGGUGUUGGCAUUGUUAGGGUUCCCCUUGUAGGAGUAGAGUGCAAGGUGUAGACUCCAUAUGGGUAGAUUCCCCCCCACACACCUUUUUUUUGGGUACCAGGGAUCGAACUCAUGACCUCACACUUGUCAGACAGGCACUUGUGCUGCUGGGCUAAAUCCCUGGACCACCUUUUUUUUUUGGUUCCGGGAUUGAACUUUCAACCUUGUGUUUGCCAGGCAGGUGCUUAAGCCACUGAGCUAAACCCCUGGCCCGAUUUCUCCCUUUUUUGGUUCAGAUCAUUCUUCCUGUCUAGUUCUGACACUGAGAGAUGAGAGAAAUCUUGGAUGAAAGGAAAGGAGAGGGGGCUGUGGAGACAGACACCUGUGGGAAACAGUUGUGUUCCCCGGGUUGCUUUUCAGGUAUUUCAUUUUGGAAACUUUGGUUGAUUCGAAGGUCUUCCAUUUUGAAGAAGAGGAAAACAUAAUUUUCUUCCCUCAUUCCCUGGAGAGAUCCAGGAAAGAGGACUAAGCCGGGGGGAGCACUGGGUCAGCCUCCCUCCUGGCUCCUGCCCUCUGGAUGGAACCUUCCUGGUCCACCCAUUGGCCUUUAAGGAUAAGCUACUUUAGCCACUGUGUUUUUGAUAUGUUGAACAUUUCAGGAGUUUACAAAUACUUCAUCAGGUUGUUGGUAAUAGUUAGAUGAAACCAGGGCAGUGACCUGAAAAUAAAGCCCUUUGUCAUUU